AUGAAAUAUUUUUUUAUAAAUACUUGGCCAAAAGGAUUAGAACAAGAAUUUAAUCAAUUAUUAACUCGUGAUGCUAUAGAAUUUUUAGUAGAUCUUGUUGGCAAGUUUGAAAAUUGUAUUGAAGAUCUUUAUAAUCGUAGAUUACAACGAAAGUGUCAACAACAAAAUAAUCCUCAAAAAACUUUGAAAUUUUUAAGAUUAAAUACUAAUGAUUGGAAAGUUGCACCAGUAAAUGGUAGAUUAAGUAAUCGACGUUUGGAUUUAGGUGAUGUAAGCCCAAGUAACUUGGAACAUUUUACUGCUGCAUUGAAGUGUACUGAUAUUCAAGGGAUUCAAGUUGAUUUUGAUGAUGGUCAUUGCCCUACGUGGUUCAAUCAAAUAUACGGUCUUCAUAAUGUUUAUAAAGCAACCCAUAAUCUUUUGUCUGGGAUUCCUGACAUCUCCCAAACACCUAUUUUAAUGUUAAGACCUCGAGCUUGGAAUAUGAUUGAAAAUAAUUGCAGUAUAAAUGGAAAAUGUAUACCUGGUCCACUGUUUGAUUAUAGUUUAUUAAUUUUUCAUAAUGGCCGAAAACUUCAACAAUCAAAUAGCGGACCAUGUUUUUAUCUUUCAAAACUUGAAAAUUACCACGAAGCUAAACUUUGGAACGAUAUAUUUUCUUGGAGUGAAAUAAAACUUGGACUUCCUUAUGGUUCGAUUAAAGCUUGUGUACUUAUUGAAAAUAUUUAUGCUUGUUUUGAAAUGGAAAGAAUUUUGUAUGAAUUAAAAGAUCAUUCUCUUGGUCUUAAUUGUGGUAUAUGGGAUUACGCUGCAUCAAUUAUUUCUAAAUUUGCAAAUGAUAAGUUAUUUGUUCUUCCUGAUAGAAAUAAAUAUGUUAAUAUGAAUCAACGUUUUCUAAAAAAAUAUUUACAAUUAGUUAUAAAAAUUUGUCAUAAAAGGGGUAUUCAUGCAACAGGUGGUAUGGUAGCAAAAUUAUUGCCAAAGAUCGAAACUGAAGAUUAUAAAUAUUUUAUUAACAGCGUGCUCGAGUCUAAAUUGAUGGAAAUUCAAGAAGGAAUCGAUGGUAGCCUGAAGGAGAUAACUGAAAAAGAUUUAUUGACUUUUCCUAAGGGUGGUGUAACCAUAGAAGGAUUGAAACAUAAUAUUUGUGUUUCUAUUUUAUUUAUAUAUAAUUGGCUUAAUGGUAAAGGACAUUUCAUUCUUCGAGGAUCAGUAGAGGACUCCGCUACAGCUGAAAUAUCAAGAUCACAAAUCUGGCAAUGGAUACGCCAUGCUGAAAAGAAAUUCUUGAUGAUCUCUUAA